UGUGGGUUACCGCUACACUUUGCCGGCGCACGGCCCCAAGUGGGUCAACGAAGUCAUGCAGGCGAUCCAAGCCAACACCCACAAGGGCCAGACCAUCCUGCACCGGGCCUUCAUCACGGGCAUCAAGGACAAGAUCAUCUACUGGGGCGUGUGCAUGCCGUCCGAAGAGACGUCGACCAACACCUACUGCAAAGAGCCGCCCGCCAAGAUGAAGGUGACCAAGGAGGGCACGGCCAUCAGCGAGAUGGUGGGAGAAAAAGGUCCGGUUCAGGGAGCGGAUCCCAUGGAGGCGACUUACUGCAUUGGCAAGGAGAAAGACUUCCCGCCAGACAAGGAGGGCAAGCUCGAGAAGUCGCUCAAAGAGGCCGCCGAAGACGAAGGCUUCAUAAUCCGGGGUUGGCUACCACACCACACACGUGUCUACUUGUCUACCUGUUCCCGCAUCUCUGUGUGUGUGUGUGUGUGUGUGUGUGUCAGAGGAGCUGCAGGUGCAGAAACUGGCGAGGCGAGAAAAAGAGCAGCUGUGUGCCUUCUACGAUCCUGAGGCGAAGGACGACAAAGGGAAGGACCUUGUCCUCAAGAGCCCCAGACUCGCAUGCCAAGCCGGCCUCACGUGUAUGUGUGUGUGUGCCUCCCGAUCGAUGGAUCGAUCAUCGGAAAGAAGUCCACACGAGGCAGCAAUGUCUCCUCCUCUCCUCUCUGUGUGUCUGUGUCAGGUGUGGGCGGUCCCACACCGUGGGCCGCCGAGGGCAUCGAGGCCAUCAAACGCAACAACAACAGAGAAGUCGGCCUCCUCCUCUUCGGCUUCACCACUCCCGAUCACGCAAAGCAUGUCUUCUGGGGCGUCUGCCGCCCGAAAGAAGAGGCGACCAACAAGGAGUGCGCUGGAAAGCCUGAAGACGUGUUCGUGACGACCUACAAGUACCAUGAGACGCUCAAAGACAAUAACCUCGCACCAAGGUGACCACGGAACUGACGGUGCUGGAGGGAUCCACGUACUGCAAGGGCAAAAACGGCAUGGACGGAGAAUGGAUGAAUGGAUGGAUGGAUGGUCUGUUAACUGAGUGAACGUUGGUUGCUCUGCUUUCAGAUGCCGAGUUGAAAGAGCCCUUCAAUGCAGCCGUGACGAGCGAGGGCUUCGUCAUCGGGAGUAAGCCACAUACCUGACCGAGAGAACUCAGCCAUCCUCUGUCGACUCGACUCAGGCAAGACCACAACGAUCUCGGCCUACGGCAAGAGGGGCAGAGAGGAGCUGUGCGCCUUCUACGGCGAGGGCAAACCUGGUCUCCUCCAGAAGACCGACGCCUACACAUGCAAAGAGAACACCAAAUGUGCGUACGGACAGACGCACAGCCGCUCAGCCGACGCAACCAUGGCUUUCUGCGUGUCGAUCUGCAGGUGUGGGCUACAAGCUCUACUCCUUCUUCUUAAAACAGAAGGGCCCCUACACGUGGGCCGAGUUGGCCGAGGAGUCCAUCAAGAUGGGCAAUAAGGACGCCAUCAUCACCCUCGCCUUUGGGGACCAGGCCACCGACGAGGACCACAUGUACUUCGGCGUGUGCAUGCCCGAACCGGCCGACAAGUACUGCGGCAAGCCGAUGAAGGCCCCUGUCAAGCCGCGCGGAAAAAAGGAGGGCACGGUGGACGUGUGUGAGGGCAUUGAGGCUUCCGUCGAUCCCAAAGACGGUGAGCAGUAGAGAGGGGAGGCAGGGAGACAGCAAAUCUCCGUGUCUGUGUGUGGUUAUGCAGUCUCUGCAGAUGAGGAGGAGCUGAAGACGGCGCUCGAGAACGCCAUCAAGGCAGUGGGGUUCAGGCUGAAAAGUGAGUAUGUAUGGGUGUUGUUCUCAUGUAUCCAUCCAUCCAUGCAUCCAUGUUGGCUUGCAGCGAUCCGCAAAGUCGGGACAACAAACUUCCCCAUCGUGGAGCCUAGUAACCACACUUCCAAACCCACACUCACACCCACACCCGCACAGAGAGAUGGCUGUAUUCCGCAAAGGAGAUAGAUUCUCCUGAAUGGUCUUGGCCACAGCCAACCGACGCUUGUGCCACUUGCAGGCGAGAAGAAGGAGAAGAAAGAGAAGGAGCCGAUCGACACUGGCGUGAAUGUGAACGACCGCAGGGCACAGUUCAACAAGGAAGGAGAAAGUACAGACACCGCCAAAAAGGCCAUACGAGACACACACAGCACAACACACAAGACAUGCACACAUGCCUUCCUCUGUCUGUCUGUCUGUCUGUCUGGCUGUGGUGUCUCUGUCCAUUACAGCACCCAAGAUGCCCCACCAGCACCAGAAGAGGGAGGGAAUCAAACCUGUUAUCAAACCAGGUAUCCGACCCAGCCAUGCCAUCAUCUCUCUCUCUCUCUCUCUCUGUCCCUCUGUGUGUGUGGCUCUGUUGGCCCUGUGCAGCCUCCAACCUCGGCCCCGAGGCCAAGUACAAGCAUGGCGGCAGUUCCAGAUACCAGGGAGAGCGCCGCGGCCAGGCCAAACCCAUCAAGGGCUACGAAUCCCGGACCGGCAAGUACGAGGGCGGCAGUUCCAGAUACCAGGGACAGCGGCCCGGCCAGGCCCCACCCAUCAAGGGCUACGAAUCCCGGACCGGCAAGUACGUGAGCGGCGGGUCCAAAUACGAGGGACAGCGGCCCGGCCAGGCCAAACCCACGGAGGGCUACGAAUCCAGCACCGGCAAGUACAAGGGCGUCAAGUCCGAAUACCAGGGACAGCGGCCCGGCCUCUCACGGACGAGAGAGGCCCGGUCAAGCCAGCGUCCCACGGCUUGGGGUACGGCAAGUACACCCACAAGGGCGGCGCAGAGUUCAACAAAGGGGCUGGCGGAGGGGAAGGUGAGUGACCAUGUCAACGUGUGUUCGGAGGGAAGGGAGGGGGGGGCACAGACUGGCGGAGAUACGAAGCCUGUCGAUCCAUCCAUGGAUACACACUGCACUGCACUGCCCUCUGCUUUGCUGCGCAUGUGUGUGCAGCCCCCAAGGGAGAGGCUGGAUUGCCGGCUGCAGCAGAAGACGAGACCAGUGGGACCGAUGAGGGCGGUGAAGGGACCCCCACAGAGACCAAGGAAGAGCCGCAUCCCCCCAUCGUCGCCGAUAAGGGGGACGACGUCAGCGGAGACACCAGUGAGUGACCUACCUUUAAGACUGGCUGCCUGGCUGAGAGUGUGUGUGUGUGUGUGUGUAAGCUGAGGGAGAGAAGGUCCUCGUUGAGGAUGAGGAACUUCGAGAGGAGGAGGUGAAACCCUCCAAACCUGGACGCAUCAGCAGACGACGUAACCAACCAGUCAAAGACAGACAGACAGACAGGCGGAGAGACGUGCUCUUUCUCUGUGCGUGUGUGUGUGCGAGAGCACAUACCUAUGUAUGCCAUCAGUUCCGGGAUGCUUCAUCCAAUGGGCACCAUUGCGGAAGGUGAGGGACAAGCUCGGCCGGCCGGACCACACUGCAAAUGGUCAUUUCCGUGACAAUCUCUCUUGUGUGUGUGUGUGUGUGUGACGCCAGCCACGGACCGCCUGAACGACGAGGGCCCGCACGGUGGGAGCCAAAGCACGACAGAGAGAGAGACACAGAAAGACAGAGAGACGGAGACUUGAUUGAUACGAUCCGUGUCGGUGUGUGCAGAGUCCUUCAUUACCAUGGCCGACGACAGUGGGAGAGCACACCAAACAGACACAUACACACCGAGAAGGACGACAGCAUGGGUGCGUGUGAUAUCUUGUGUGCGUUGCGUCAGAGUCUGUGCACCGCCACCUGCCGCCCUCGCACUCCACUCGCCGCCACACCCACUACACCGGCAACCACAGUGAGAGCACACUCACGAACACAUCUAACGACACUCUCCUACCGGCAUGUGUGUGUGUGUGUGUGUGUGUGAUGGCCGGUGUGCAGGUGACUGACUGAGUCAGACUGACCGACCGAAAAUUGAAGGAAGCAGGCAGCGAAUGAGUCCACUCAGGAGAGAGAGGAGAGGAGAGGAGAUACAGAUGGAUGGAUGGAUGGCCUGACCGAUCGAAGGAUUCAUGAGAUGGAUGAAUGAUGGCAUGCGGCAGUCUGAGUGAGUGGCUGACUGACUGAGUGUCUGAGUGCUGCAAGAAACGAAAGCCAGCUGAGUGAGUGAGGGACAAGAGACGCACAGCGAUG